ACCACUCACCUCCCCAACGGUCCCCUUUAACUCUCCCUACCGUACCUCCCUGCACUUUCUCUCCUCUUUACACUUUCCCCCCUUCCACUUCCCUCCUCCUCUCUUAAUGAACCCAUAGCCCUCUCGAUCCGCCGGCGUGGAAUUCCAUUUUAUCGUACAACCACCGUACACUAUCGCAUCCUAUCCUCCCACCCAGUCCUAUCUAAUCCUUUCAUAAGUCCAGGUGCGGCGGCGGCUGAGUUGUAAACACUAAUUCUGCACAUCACCGCUCUUAACGUGAAACCCUCCCUCUCCUGAACAUCACCGUCCUGAACCAUUUCCCACCCCUCUCUUCUCCAACCGUCACUGCCACCAGCCCCAACUCAACUGAAAUCCGGGGCGGUAUCAACUUGGAACUGAUUAAUCGCCGCACCUUUCCGUCCUUUUUUUCCUCGCAAUUCACAGCACUGUUUGUCACAUCUUCAGUAUCCAUUUCAUUACCCGUCGCCCACAUCUGGCUCGUCGUUCUUUUUCCUUCAAUCCACACCAAACACUUAACACGCACACAACACUCCUACACCCCCGCUCCUUUAACCCACUUCCCCCUCAUUCACGCCAAAGCAGAAAAAACAAAACAAACAAACAAAAGAAUACAAUCAUCUGAAAGAGGUUAUUCCUUUCUAUUUGACAUAGGUUUUGUGAAAUUUGCCCUUUCGCUGGGGGUUUGUGUCAUCGUGGCUGCACCUUUGGACACUCAUCCCACUGAGCUGCAGUAGGGCGGCUUCUUCAGGAGAGGAGGAGGAACGGUGAUUUGAGCCAGAUAUGGAUUCCCCAGGGCUCACGCCUGGUUCGCCAAUGUUUGAUGACGAUGACGAAGGAACAUUCCCAUGUAAAGGAUGUGGAAAGGUGUGCAGGAAUACCGAUGCUACCAUUGCUUGUGUUUUCACCAAUUUUCUAAUUUUACUGACAUGAAAUCGCAGAUACUAGAGGAGGGGAAAGCUUUUGAACUAUGUGAGUGCAACCGGGAAACAAUUCUACCUUCCCUUCUCCUCUUCUCACUUUUGAUCUUUCCUUGAUUUCCUUACCAUUACUCCCUUCACCAUGACCUUGACUGAUCAUGUGGUAGCGGGAAACCGAUGGCAUAUCGAGUGCUUUCGGUGCAACAAGUGCCAGACUUUGCUGGACUCGGAUGCGAACCUGCUAUUGCUGGGUGAUGGCUCUCUCAUUUGCAAUAAUUGCACGUACAGCUGCACAGCUUGUUAUAACAAAAUCGAAGAUCUGGCUAUCCUGACAGGAGAUCAGGCCUUCUGCGCAGGGUGCUUCAGAUGCCGGAACUGCAAACGUAAGAUCGAGAAUUUGAAGUACGCUCGGACUUCGCAAGGGAUCUUUUGCAUGAGCUGUCAUGAGACGCUGAUGGCUCGCCGGAGGAAACGAGGAAAGGUGCAGAAAACUCCGACAAUGGGGAGUAAUGCUCCUUCGCCGAUGCUUUCUUUAGACAAAUCGCUCCCGUCUUUGCCUGUUGAAGAGGAUGAACCUCCCUCGGAUGGCCACUCGGCAGCUCCAACGCAGCUCUCGCCUAGGCCUCGUCCCCUAGCAAAUAGGACAACAUCUUCAAAAUCCGCCAAUACCCCGGACCAAUUAUCUCCACUUGGGUUUUCAGCUUCAGGUGAACUUCUGGCAAUUUGAGCUGUUGGUGAUAGACCGCUAAUUAAGCGGUAGGAAAUGAAUUACGAUCAGCGCCUAGGUCUCACAGAUAUUCAAUGAACUCGCAGGUAUCGGAGCAUUCAGCGGAUGGUGCCGGCUAUGAUCCGUAUUCUUCAUUUAUUCCGGUCGUCCUUGAUUCUUCACCGGCGCCUCCGGCCUCUCUGCCAAGUACGGCCUACCGACCUAAUAGAACAUCCUCCUAUGAUCCCUACCUUCAGGAAAGAUCUAUGAGGGAACCUCCGAGUAACGUGAGGCCAUCCUAUGAGCGCAAAACCUCAGAGCCAACACCCUACCACGAAACCGAUAAAAGUAGGCGACCACCGCACAUCGCAUCGCAGGAGAAGGUUCGCCAAACCCCUGGAAACGGGGACAGUACGGAUAUGGGGAGGAGAUCGGGAGAUUCUGAUGGGAGCGGUGAAGAUAAGAAGGAAAAGACAUACUUCACCAAGGAUCUAACAUCAACUUAUAGCUCCCCCUAUAUCUCACGGGAGUCAUCCAAACAAGGACGCGAUUCUGAUUCUGCUAGUACCAAGUCCAGGAGCACUAUCCUUGCUAAGGACUCACCCGCAAAUGCGCAAGAUCGGGGGGAGCACUUUAAGCUGGGAGAGGUACCGCGGGAGAGGAAGAGGUCGCUGGGCACACCAAAGGUCAUCGAUGGAGAGGAGCCAGAUCCUCAUGAGAUAUCAGUAUCAUUCUCGCCCAUGGGUUUGGAACCUGCGCCUUCUGUGGCUACCCCUGAGAUACCGCCUCGCGGGGAUUCACAUAACCCACCCCUUUCGCGUGGGAAUUCUCCUGCUUCUGUGGCUAGGAAACCCGUCGACUCGGAAUCGCCUGUUUAUUCGGCUUCUUCCUCUGGACAUUCACAGCGCUCCCAUGGGACAUCCGGAUCCAAUGCUUCCGCAAUUACAGCUGCUGAAUCACCUGAAGUUGGACUAGGAGCCAGGGAUACCGCCGAUGCUAAGCCACAAGGGAUCAGGAUUAAUACUACCACAACUGUUAGUAAUAUUACCUAUCAGCAGGAUCCUACUUUCUCAACCCAAACCACACUUGACCAGAGACCAGGAGCCCCACAGCACCCGUCGACUACGCGCGCUUCUGCUUCUUGUAGUUUUAAUCCACAGGGGGAAUCGGCGGGUUCAGAUGGGUCGGUAUUGCCACCCCCGUUCAAAUCGCCCGUUAGCGAUCUGAGUAUGGAGGAGGAUAUUGCAAGGGUUUUUGGUGGUGGUGAUACAUCGGCAUCCAUACUUCGACGAGUGUCGAACGCCGUUAGGCAUGGGAGAAGUUUUAGUGAUUUGGCUACCAGAACGGGAUCGCCCCCUAAGUGGCCAAGGUCACCGAGUGGAGGGGAUCCCGGAUAUCUUUCGUUGGAGGGUGAUAUUACUAGUCCGACGUCGUUAGGCGGGAAGGACGAUACCCUAGCCCUAAAGCACGAACUUCGGCGUUCGACGCAGAGAAUCGCUGAGCUUGAGGCCCGGCUUAACGUACGUGACUAAGGAAUUUCUAUCUUUUUUGCUUUUUUGCUUUUUUUUAUACUGACAUGUCAGCAGAGCACUGCCUCAGCGAAAGUGCUGGAUUCAAAUAUCGCCGAGAAGAGAAAUACUGUGGCUUUGUUGGAAACGGAGCGUGAGGCGUUUUUGCGUGAGCUUAUGGUAAUCAAGGAGCGGGUGGACGCUGCUAAAGAUGGGUAUGUGUCCCAUGGAUUAUAUGUGAGAUAUCGGCUGACAUUUAUUAAUAGACAACCUCUUAAUAUGGAAGAGCUGAAGUCUGACCUUAUCCACGGAUUGACUCGGGAGUUGGAGGAUCUAAAGAUGACUUUGAAGUCAGAGAUUCAAAGCCUCGUGGCCCAGAGGGAUCAGUUAACCGAAGAAGUGGAAAAUUUCGCUCGCCUUAGAGACCAGGCUAUACAAGAUACCGAGCAGCUUAAUUUGAAGAAUGCGCAGCUUGCUGACUUAAACAACGAGCUUACCCGACGCAUCCAAGGCCAGUUUAAGGCUAACAAAGCACCUGUCAAUGGGUUGGGUAUCUAUACUGGCAAUGCCGCGGACUUGCUUGAUACCAAAGACCAAAACGAAAAACGGCCUUCUACUGCAACUUCGACGUCCGUAUCGUCUAAUAUGGUGGGCCAAAUCAACGACACCACGCACAUCCAUCAUCACCAUGAGGCUACCGAAGUCUUUACCGCUCAGAAGGUUACUUCUUUGAAGAAUGGACCGCAGAUCAAGAAGACCUUCUGGAAGAAGGGAGGUGCUGUGAUGAAGGGAGCUGGAAAGGGUGUUAACAAGCUGUUUGCAGGUUCUGAUCAGAGAGAGGGUUGGCCCAGCGAUCAUCCCAAUGGCGUCGAUUCGCCCGGUGGCUUAAAGCCUGGAGGGCCUGACACACCCGGGGGUAAAAUUUUCGGCACACAGAAGAAAUGGAUGAAAAAUAAGGGGGGCCAAAACGGUCUCGGCGCAAUCGGAUCUAGUACUACUAUUAGCGAUGGUGUACUCCCACUCUUUGGAACAGAUCUCGAGCAACGUGCCGAGUACGAAGGCAACCGCAUCCCCAACGUCGUCCAGAAGUGUAUCCAAGAGGUUGAAGUCCGUGGAAUGGACUUUGAGGGUAUUUACCGUAAAUCUGGCGGUGCCUCGCAAAUGCGCCAUAUCCAGGAGGCCUUCGAGCGUGGGGACGAUGUGCCUUUUGAUAGCAAUGUUGAUAUUUGUGGAGUUACAAGUGUCCUAAAGCAGUACUUUAGGAACUUGCCUAACCCUCUGCUUACUUACGACAUUUAUGAGCGGUUUGUGGACACUACUAGUAUGUAUCCCUUGCCCUACGAACCCAAUACAAGUGCUGACAUUCCAAUAGCCGUCUUCGAGGAGGAAACCCGCAUAAAAAUUGUCAAGGACCUGGUCGACGAGCUACCCUCUAUCCAUCGUGAUUGCCUGCAAUUUGUUAUUUUCCAUCUAGCAAGGUUGGUUUUUUCUCCGUACCCCAACUUCCGUAGAUACAACUAACACCUUAACAGAGUUGCUGCCCGAAGAGAUGAAAACCUAAUGAACUCCCGCAAUCUAGCAGUAGUCUUCGCCCCAACCCUCCUGCGCUUCACCAGCGAUGAGCGGGAAAUGACAGACAUGCACGCGAAGAACAACGCCAUACAAUUCCUCAUCGACCACAACGAAUCCAUUUUUUAGUGAAUGAAAUUAAAAAAACGAAUCGAAUAACAAAAGAAUGGGUACCCCCCUCCCCUUAGUUUUUUUAUCCCUUAUUUAACCCGACCCCUAAACUUCCGCCUGUAUUUUUUUUCUGUCAUCCAUCAUACCCUUUCUUCCAUUCGUAAGGUCUUGCUUGCGACCUGCUUUGCUUUGCCAGCUUGUAUUGUGUAUGCGUGAGCGGACAGGGGCGUUAUCCUUUGUUUCCCUUUCCUUUCCCUUUCCCCUUUCUUUUUGGAACGUGGUGAGGUAUUAAUUCCGUGGGCCCCGUUAUCACCUGCUUGCCCGUUAUUACUCAACUUGCUCUACUCUAUUCCACUCCAAUGUACUGUAGGUGAGUAAUGUGCUAGCUUUUCUUUAUAGCGCAGUAGUCUCAAUCAGCGGAAACCGUUUUACGUUUCAAGCACGCGUAAGUGUUAUUCAUCUUGGAGGCAGAAGCGGAGGGGGGGACGGAUGUCAUUUUUCUAUACUCUCUUUUCCAUAUUCCACUAUUUUUUUUAUAUUUUUUUUGCAAGGUUCAUAGAUGGGUCUUUAUGGGAUUUCUGUCCCUUUUUAUUUUUUCUUGUCUACUGAUAGUUGAUGGAUGGAUGCAGCGAGGGAAGGGAGGAAUUGCUUGGCUGCUUAGUCACCGUGUAACGAGCCCAUAGACUGGGCCGUGCUCUGUAUAAAUUACCACUGCCGCUACCACAAAUACCACUCCGCCUUCUGAGAAAAAGCU